AUGGUCUUCGCCAAUCUCUCCGCGCACGAGAAGGAUGCAUUCUUCUCCCUCCUCGACGAAUACUUCUCCGCCCGUCCUGAUCUGCUCGCGAGCGGUGUCACCCCAGAGGCGGGGCACGCCGCUGCCGCAUCCGCACUACAGAGUGCGUUCAGUAAGACCAGCCCCAAGGACGUCGCUUCCGCUGUGAACGCAGCCAGCGGGUUCAGGAGAGCCAUCCCCCCUCCAGCUGCACCGGUAAGCACAGGGCCUCUGCGAGAGAUCGAGCCAUCUUUCGGUCGUGUAGCCGCCGCCGCCGCGGCGUUUAGUUCCCCUAUUACUGCUCAAGGCCCUCGCCCGCCUGCCCGCUCCAAGCCCACAGGUCUACAGGAAGAAAAGGUGAGCAUACCCCGCGCCCACAAAUUUGGAGAUGUCGACAUUUCUUCGGGCAAGGCGAUGUUUUCGUCGCUGCGCAACUCAACGGCGAACAAGACAGCGACUCCUCCGCCGGUAGCGCCGCCCACCCCUCCCGCGUUUGCAUCUCGAAAGAACAAUCUGGGGGCGCCGCCGCCGGUCAGGCGCGUAAACUCAGCUACAUCUAUUGCAUCGAGAGCGGAGACGGCACCCUCUCCACCACCCCCACCACCUCCGCGGCCCCAUCAAGAGCCCGAGGGCGACUGGGCUGAGGUCGUGUAUGACUAUUCCAGCGAGGAUCCGGGAGAUCUCGAAAUCAAAGAGGGCGAGAGGGUUCUCAUCGUGGAACGAACUUCAGACGACUGGUGGACGGGCGAACUCGACGGCAGGAGGGGUCUUGUGCCCGCUGCAUACGUGAAGCUCAUAUAG